AAGCUAGAAACUUGAACAAGAAAGUAGAGUGUCUUUGCCUCUUAUUUUCAAAAACAAAAAAAGUUGCAGAAGGUUGAGAAUUGAAACCUUAUGAUAUGUUGAAGUGUAGUAUGACACACUGACUACAGAACACAUACAGGUGUGGAACCGUUCUUUAAUCUGAAAGCUCCAAUCUUUGUGACAGGAACAGGGUUGGCAGCCAGCAGCCAGCAGCCAGCAGCCAUUGGUACUUCCAUGAGAUGAGGGAGAAGAAAGCCUCCAAAUCUUUAUCUUCAACCUCUCUUUGUGCCACACUUCGUGACGCAUACCACAAUUGCUUCAACAGGUGGUACGCCGAGAAAUUCAUGAAGGGUCACUGGGACAAACAAGAUUGCGUUUCUGAGUGGCAGAAAUACCGGGAGUGCCUUUCUCAACAUUUGGAAGAUAAGCAUCUGAUUGGUUUCUUACAAGCUGAAGGCAUUGUUCAAGACAGUGGUGUUACUUCUCAGUAACUUGUGGAGAGUAAGGUGAUUCAGACAUCAAUUUUUUGGUGCAGGUAACUGACUGCCAACGGAGAAAGCUUAUUCCUGUGAUGAUCAUUGUUGAUGUGGUAUUAUGUCCGCUACCUGUGCGCUGUAUCUUUGUUUGAAUAGAGCAAGCUUUGUAUUUCUGUAAGAAAUCUUUCUGGUUUAUGGAUUAUGGAAAUCAAUUGUAGUAUCGUUAUUUCUAUUUAUUUUUUUUGGACUUUGGAUCUUGUUGCAAAAAGGAAAAAUUCAAAUUUAGUUUUGCUUAUUGGUGUAAUAUAAUUAGAUUGAUAGUACUA